AUGGUUAAGGCUUUGCUUGCUCUCACUAGUUACAACGGCGGUUUUUACGCUGAUGGCGCCAACACUGGUGUUUUCUUCGUCGAGGCCUCGCACCCAUAUGAGUUCUUUGAAAAAAAUGGUGUCGAUGUCACUAUAGUCUCCGAGACCGGUACUUUUGGCUGGGACGAGCACUCGCUUUCGGCCGAUUUCUUGCAGGGCGACGACAGAAAGGUCUAUGAGGACUCCGAGUCCUCGUUCAUGAAGGCCGUCAAGAACGUCAAGAAAGCAUCGGAGGUCAACCCAGCUGACUAUGACAUUUUCUUUGCUGCCGGUGGCCACGGUGCGCUUUUUGACUUCCCAAAGGCCACCGACUUGCAAUCCUUGUACUUGGCCAUCUGGGAGAAGAACGGUGUUGUGGCCGCUGUGUGCCAUGGUCCAUGCAUUUUCGAAAAUGCCCGCGGCUCGGACGGCGAGUACUUCCUCAAGGGCAAGAAGGCAACAGGCUUCACUGAUGAGGGUGAGGUCAUGAUGCAGCUUGACCAGAUCAUGUCCAACUUGAAGUUGAAGACGCCCAAGGCUGGCCUUGAGUCGUGUGGUGCCACUUACGUGCAACCCUCCGACCCAUGGAGCUCUUUCACCGUGACUGACGGCAAGUUCGUUACCGGUGUCAACCCAGCCUCUGCUGUCGAGACUGCCCAAAAGGCUCUUGACGCUGUUUCCGCUUAA